AUGCAGUUCCUGAAAUUUGGUUCUUACCUUGCCAUCAUCGGCUUCGCUGCCCUCCAAACUGCGGCCAUGCCUAAGCCUAUGCCCGUGCCCAGCGCAGAUGAUGAGUUCCUACCUGGGGUCAGCUUCGACAUGGACAAAUAUGCCGGCGAACGUCGUGAUUGA